AAGAGCGAUAUCUCGUGCGGAGUGUCUCUGUUCGUCACUCUACAAUUACAAUGGCUAUCUUCCAUCUGUUCGUCCUCGGGAUUAUUGCUGGGAAGACGCCGUCUCCUGGGUAAUUUCCUUGUCCAUCAAUGAUUGAUGAUUAUGAAGACCUGGUGCAAGGUGGAACAGCACCUGCCACUGGGAUUUUGCUGGGAACUGAGGCACAUCUUGGUGAAUUCCCGUGGAUGGUGUCGAUCCAGUACGACGGUCUCCACAUCUGCGGUGGUGCCAUCAUCAGCGAUCGUCAUAUUCUCACCGCAGCUCACUGCUUCGUCGACAAAUAUCCGGUGCCCUACGUCCAGAAUUUAAGCGUUAUCACUGGGAGUAUCAGUAAAUAUGUAGGUGGUGAGACUCAUCGAGUGGCCAAAGUCACAGCACACGAGAACUUCCAGAGAGGAGCGGCCACUAGAUGGAGAAAUGAUAUUGCAGUGGUCGAGCUUGCAGACCGUUUGACUUUCGGUAGAAGUCAGAGUAAAAUCGAUCUACCAACGUCGUCAAUUGAUCGGGCAGUUGAUGCCAUGCUUUCUGGAUUUGGAUGGAUCGCUAGAGAUCACAAUGCUGAGCGUCCCACUAUUCUUCAGAAAGCUGAUGUUUCUGUUAUCACUAAUGACGAGUGCAAUCGGAAGGACGGACGAGUCUUCAGUGAUCAAAUAUGCGGAUUGGACGGGAAAAAUCGGGGAUUCUGCGAGGGGGACAGCGGCAGUCCUCUAGUCUACAAUAAUCGAGUGAUCGGUAUUGUCUCCUUCUCUCCGUUGUGCGGAAUCGGAUAUCCGGACGUCUACACCAGAGUCCACUCCUUCCUCAAUUGGAUCAACACAGCCAAAUCUUCGUAAUUAUCAAUGGAUUAUUUAAAAUAUUUUGUUCAGUCACAAUCGAUAACACGAAUGAUUGACAUCUCUCAAACGAUAUUGUUGAUAACUCAUUUAAACUUUGGCAUGAUGUACUUUAUUCUCAAAAAAAUGAAAAACGAUUU